ACGCACAUAACCUUGAUCGCGUCGUUUUACUGUUGCUCUGGACAUCACUCUGUAACGAAGGAACAAUGAACGGCAGGACAUUUCUCGCUCUCGGUGGCAUGCUGCUGGUGAUCGGCACCGCCGUUGCCCAAACCACCAACGGCCCGGUAGAGGACAUCAACCGGCUGGACAAAGCCCGCCAGGAAAUGAUCAUCAACAAGCUGAUCCAGGCCCAGGAGCAGAUCCAGCGGGCGCUCAAGCGAAUGCUGAAGGACUCGGUUCCGGUCAACGGUCAACCACUGCCCGGAGAUGGGUCUUACGGAAGCGAUGAAGCGGACGGAAGUGACGAAUCCGACGAGGAGCACAAGUGGCAGGAGAUGAAGCGCAAGAAGAUUGCCGAGUCGCGUGCCCGCGUUGAGAUGUACGUCAAGGGCAUUGCGUCCAACUUCCUGGAUAUGGCUGACUACAUCGAGAAGAUCGACGGCAAGGUCGAGGAACAGCUGAACUCGCAGCAUGGCAAUGUCAACUACAACCUGUACUACAACAAGAAGCCCAAGCCGCACCACCAUCACAGCAGCGAGGAAUCCGAGGAGAAGUUCAACUACCGGAAGCGCCCGUCGCGACGAGGAGGCCGGCAGUUGGCCGUUGAGGAGGAGCCCGUGGUUGAGGAGCAGCAGGAGGAAGAGGUUAAGACCAUUGACGGAGAGGAAGUGGUGCAAACUUUGCCCGUCAAAGGAACUGAAUAAACUUACUGGGAUUUUUUUUUAAUUGAAGGCAUUUUCUUGGAUGUAAAUGAAGGUUCGGAGCAAGUUUUUAAAAUUUGGGGAUUUGAAAAUAAAUUGUUUUAAAUAUUUGA